GUUGGUGAUGCGAGUUUUGCUGCAGCGUUUAUUAGGGGUUUCUGUCUCCUCUUUGUCUUUGCUGCGGCUGCUGCAUUUAAUGCCUCUGCCGCUGCUGCUGCCUCCGCUGCCUCGCUGUCUCUUCUUUGCUGUCGAGCAGCAGCAGCAACAACAGCAGCAGCAGCAGCAGCAGCAGCAGCAAAAGCAGCAGCAGCACGUGCUGCCUGAGCAAGAGCACCAGCAACAACAGCAGCAGCAGCUUCAGCAGCAGCAGCAUCAGCAGCAGCAGCAGCAGCAGCAAAUGGUGUCGCUGCAUGACGAAGAAGGGGUUUUAUUUCGGGUGUAUUCGUCUGCUGCUGCUGUCGUCAGCAUGCAGCCCUUCCCUCCUCCUCAUGUCUCUGUUGUGAUGCUGCAAGGCAUUCGUCUACCUACACUCCUGCAGGCUGUGGCUGCUUUGUUUUUCGGUGUGGGUGAUUUGGAUGUCCUCGCGGCAGCACUUCCCCCAAUGCAGCCCCCUGGUGGAGCAGUAGCUCAGCAGCAGCAGCUGCUGCAGCAGCAGCGGCAGCAACAGCAGCAGCAAGGCUUUGUUGGUCCUCAACAGCAGCUUUACUUGCAGCAGCAGCAGCUGCAACAGCAGCAGCUGCAGCAGCAGCAGCAGCAGCAGCAGUAUUUCCAAAGGACCCAGCAGCCGUUCCCGCUGCAGCAGCAGCAAGCUGCAGCAGCGCAGCAUAUGCAGCUCCAGAUGGGGCCGCAGCAGCAGCAACACCAACAGCAGCAGCAGCAACAAUUGCAGCAGCAGCAGCAGCAGCAAUGGUUGCAGCGGCAAAGAACAAGCGCAGGAGGGCUGCAGCAGCCGCUGCAGCUGCAGCAGCAGCCACUGGGAUAUGCCAUGCAGGGUCGUGCUGACUAUGCGCCUAAGCAGCAGCAGCAGCAGCAACUGACGCUGCAGCAGCAGCAGCAGCAGCAGCAGUUUGCUGCUGCAGACCCACGCUAUGUAGCGCAGCAGCUAAGUCAGCAGCAACAGCAGCACGUGCUGCCGCAGCAGUCGUUCGUAAUGAGGCAGCAGCACCAACAGCAACAGCCACAGCCCCAGCAGCAACAGCAGCAGCAGAUGCAACCUUUCCAGCAGCAACAGCUGCAGCAACAGCAGCAGCUGCAGCAGCAACAACUGCAACAGCAACAGAUGCAGCAGCAACAGAUGCACGGUCCCCCAACCCGUUCUUUUUCCUGCUCUUCGAGUUUUAUGCCGCAGCAGCAGCAGCAGCAGCAACCACAGCAGCAGCAGGUCUUGCAGCAGCAACAUCUUCAGCAGCCACUGCUGCAACAGCAACAGAUGCACCAACAACAGCUGCAUCAGCAGCAGCUGCAGCAGCAGCAGCUGCAGCAGCAGCAGCUCACAAGCCAACUCGGAUACGCAGCGCCAUCUCAGCCGCUGCAGCAGCAAAUGCCGCAGAUGCCGCUGCAGCAGCAACAGCAGCAGCAGCAGCAGCAGGCAUAUCGACAAGCUGCUGCCCAGCAACAGCAGCAGCAGCUGCUGUUGAUGGGCCCCCCCAGCUGGCAGCAACAGCAGCAACCGUCAUUUCAGCAGCAGCAGCUGCAGCAGCAGCAACUGCAGCAGCAGCCGCUGCAGCAACAGCAGCAGCUCCAGCCGCAGCAGUUGCAACAUCUCCAGCAGUCCCACCAACGCGAUCUUAUGCAGCAACAGCAGCAGCAGCAGCAGCAGCAGCAGCGGCUACUUUGCCAGACUGCAGCGACGCCUCCUCACCCCCGCAUAGGCACUCAGCCGCAGCAGCAGCAGCAGCAGCAGCAGCAGCACCGGCAGCAGCACUAUGCACAGCAGCAAAUGAUGGGCUUAUCUCCUAGUCAACAGCUACCGCUGCAACAGCAGCAGCUGCAGCAGCAGCAACUGCAGCAGCAACAGCUGCAGCAACAGCAACUGCAGCAGCAACAGUUACAACAGCAGCAGCUGCAGCAACAGCAGCUACAGCAGCAGCAGCUACAACACCAGCAGCUGCAGCAGCAGCGACUGCAGCAGCAGCAGCUGCAGCAACCAUUCAUGAGGGGCCCCCUUGGAGAAUCAUCGGUCUUCCCGCAGCAGCAGCAGCUGCCACAACAGCAGCUUCAGCAACAGCAGCUUCAACAGCAGCAGCUUCAACAGCAGCAGCUGCAGCACCCGCAGCUGCAGCACCAGCAGCUGCAGCAGCUCCAACAGCAACCUCAAAUUGUCACCAGUCGCAGCCACGAAGGCCUUAUCCAGCAGCAAAUGCAGCCGCAGCAGCAGAUUCAUAUGAUGAAUCCGCAGCAGCAACAGCAGCUGCUGCAGCAGCAGCAGCUGCACCAGCAGCAACAACUGCAGCAGCAGCGACUGCAUAUGCAGCAGCACCCAGGGAAUUCCUUCUACAACUGA